ACUAGCGUCAAAAGAGCGUAAGUUCUGUUUACAUUUUCUUCUCUCAAAUUUCAUUCGUUUUCGAACAUUUGCCGAUUGAAGUUCAUCAGUGUGUGACUGACUGCAUUAUCAUCAAUAUUAACAAGUGGUUCCUCACUUUAUAAUCAAGCCGGUAAAUUAUCAAAAGUUCUAUAAAUAGAUUGAGAUACAACGAAAUGGCAAAUCCAGCUCAAGAAAUAAAGUUUACGAAGCUAUUCAUUAAUAAUGAAUUUGUGGAUUCUCAAAGUGGAAAGACAUUUCCAACAAUAAAUCCAGCGAAUGGCAAGAAAAUAGCUGAUGUUUCUGAAGGAAGCAAGGAAGAUGUUGAUAUUGCUGUAAAAGCAGCCCAAAAAGCUUUUGAGUUAAGCUCAGAAUGGAGAUCUUUAGAUGGAUCUGCAAGAGGCAAGCUGAUGAAUCGCUUUGCAGACCUGAUUGAACGUGAUGCGAAUAUCUUAGCUAAUAUAGAAACACUCGAUAAUGGCAAAUCAUUUGAUGACUCGCUGUUUGAUAUCCAAAUGUCAUGUGAUACUUUACGAUAUUAUGCUGGAUUUUGCGAUAAGAUUCACGGAAAUUCGAUUCCGAGCGAUGGGAACAUGUUCAGCUAUACAAGAAAGGAACCGAUUGGUGUUGUAGGUCAGAUUAUACCGUGGAAUUACAGUAUUUUGAUGAUUUCAUGGAAAUUUGGUCCUGCUUUGGCUGCUGGAUGUGUAAUAAUUCUCAAGCCUGCACAACAAACGCCUUUAAGUGCUCUUUAUAUUGCUGCCUUAUCAAAAGAAGCUGGAUUUCCAAAUGGCGUGAUUAACGUUAUUAACGGAUAUGGAGAUACAGGCUCAGCGAUUGCUGCUCAUCCUGAUAUUCAAAAAGUUGCAUUUACUGGAUCUAUCAAAGUUGGAAAAUUAGUCAUGGAAACGGCAGCAAAAACUAAUUUGAAGAAGGUUUCUUUAGAAUUGGGAGGAAAAAGUCCUCUUGUUGUUCUUGAUGAUGCUAAUUUGGAUGAUGCCGUUGAAGCUGCUCACAAUGGAAUAUUCUCAAAUGCAGGACAAAAUUGUUGUGCUGCUAGCAAAACAUAUGUUCAAGAAGGCAUCUAUGAAAAGUUUGUUCUUAAAGCAGCGGAAAUGGCACGAAACAGAAAAGUUGGAAGUGGAUUUGAAAAGGAUAUCCAGCAAGGUCCACAAAUUGAUCAAGCCAUGUUCGAUAGAAUAAUGACUUUCAUUGAGUAUGGAAAGAGCGAUGGAGCGACAUUGGAAGCUGGUGGGAAGAGGUGGGGUAAUGAGGGGUAUUUUAUAGAACCGACAGUUUUCUCAAAUGUCACUGAAGACAUGAAAAUUGCCCAAGAAGAAAUUUUUGGACCAGUUCAAUCGAUUUUAAAGUUCAAAACUCUCGACGAAGUUAUUCAACGUGCCAAUAAGAGUGAUUUUGGUUUAGCAGCUGGAAUUUUUACAAACAAUAUCAAUGAUGCAAUGAAGUUCGCUCAUAGUGUUCAGGCUGGCUCAGUUUGGGUAAAUACUUACGAUGCAGUCACUCCACAAACGCCUUUUGGAGGCUAUAAACAAUCAGGAAUCGGUCGAGAAUUAGGAAUGGAAGGUCUUGAGCCAUAUUUGGAAGUAAAAAGUGUUUCUAUUAAACUUCCAGCGAAGUACUAAUGUUCAGUUUCAUGGAAUAUUCUUGAAUCUGUAGUGUUAUAUACUUAAAAAGUAUUUUAAUAAAUUUGGC